UUCGGCGUUGGGUUUUCGGUUUGCCUUUUGUGAUGCAAUCAUUGACUUUGCUGGGUGGACGAGCACUGUUUAGUGGUUCUAAAAGCGAAGGCUGUAUUCAUCCCUCCACAUAAUUCAUCUCUCGCUAGCCCUCUAGGGUCUACCCUUCAGAAUCGCUUGCCUGGGAUUCCCUGCGCGUAAGGCCGUUUGCAAACUAUUUUCGGGCCGCGUCCUUCCUCCUCUUUCCAUGUGUACGCGUGGUGAUAUUUGAGGUGUGUUCGAACAGCCAACCUUUGCCGCUUCUAUUUGUUGCUGCAGUCAAAGUCAAAGGUCGUGGUCGAGAGGUGCACAAACUCUGCUGAGUGGUUCCAAAAUCGAAGCUCCCAUCUACUCCUCCAAACAAGCCACCAGUCCCGAGCCCUCUAUAAUAGAGUUUCGCCUGUCGACGUGCGCGCCUUCGCUUCCUCUGUGCGGUGUGCUGUCGGUUUGAAACGCGUAGUCAGAAUUAUGGCGUUAUCCAACAGCCACUCCUUUUCCUCGCGUGCGGAUUGCUGCAGGCAAAGACAAAGUUCAUGGUCGACGGAGUACUGCCGAUUGGCGAGAAAGAGCGCAAGAUCGCAGAGAGUGCUAUUCGCUGCGGCAUCGGGUGUGGAGACGGUGUGUACUCCAUCAUGGCCCUUCAGAUUGCACUGGCGGUGGACACCCCCCCGCAUGAGAGCGCGGAGAACUUCAAGGUGGCUUGGUACGAUUGCGUCUGGCAUGACACCACCUUCGACAAGAAGUCGUCCGAGCACGCCAAAUAUAAAAUGUGGCAGUCGGGGAUGUUUGUGGGCCCAGACGAACCUCACGAGAAGAACCACAGCAAGGAGUGCCAGCGGCAGUACAGUGGUUUCACGACGUGUGAUGAGCUUGCAGGGAUCAACCUGGACCCGCACGAACAGGACCGUUCGAAGAAGGCGUUGUGCCUUCGAUCGCUCCAUACCAUGACAUUUUCCAACUUCACUUUCGCGCUCAGGGUGAUCAACGAGCGCCUCUACCAGGGGUUCAACAGAAAAACUCUGAGGACGCUUUUAGCAAGUGUCACGGAACACCCAAAAGAUAGCUUUGCUGGCUGUUGAGCCGCCAUAUGGAGGUGCGGCAGGUGCUCUUGCCGGAAGCCCGUCAUGCGCGUAUUCGACUGCCUGGGGAGGGUGGACAUUGUCAUGCUUGCUACGGUGCUGGGGUCGACCGCUUGAGUUUUUGCAGAAUGGGGGAAAACAUGGUGGAGUAUUGUAGACGUUGGGAUUGUGCCUGAAGAGUUGGAGGUUGACUUGGUAUCCGAUUGAUAGUUCGGCCAGGCAGGCGUUUUGUAGUUUCUCGCGUGGGACGUAGUGUUUUGGUGGACGUGCAAGGUGCAUAUGCGAGGUAUUGGAAUGUAAUAUGUUUGUUGACGGGUGGACCACCGACCGCCAAACCCUUGCUAGUGCCACCACUUUCGUGUACUCCACAGUCGGUUUUGUGUGUUUGCGGAUUUCAACCCGUGUUUAGGGUGGGUGAUGCACACGGUGGUAAUCCAAUGACGUCUUUCAGGGUACACGCCCGUUGUGUACAAUUGUAGUCUCAGGUUGAGAUGGUCUGGUGUUGUUUUGCCUUGUUGGUCCCGUGGUGUGCGUGUCGGUCCCUGAUGCAGCGAUGCAUAGUGCAGCGAGAGUGCUUCUUAGGAGCUGAAUUUAUCGAGCAAUCUUGUCCUCCUCUGCCUGUGGCUCCUGUUUCGCGAUCAUGCUGGAUUGUACUGUGGAGUGGGCCUACAGGGGCUAGGCCACAACGCUUCUGGUGUGCGUAUGUUCACAUGAUAUAUUCUUCAGGGUUGUCGUUGGUGAAACAGAGGGACAUUUGCACUCGAAAAGGUGUGAAAAAAACGUUUGCACUCACCACGUGUAAAAAAUGACGUGGUCUCCAAACACGGGCGUUGUUGUGAUUGCCGGAAAUGCGCCGUAGGGCUACCCAACGCAGGUUGGACAUCCACAAUAAGCCAAAAUUUCUGUGUGCCCGACCCGUCCAGAUAGUCGGUGGGCACGAAGACUGCUGUUUUUCUGGGUAACGUAGACCGGAACACGUUGGACACGGGCGCGUCCCCACCCGCGAGUGGGGGACACUGGGGGCAUCGAAGAACAUUUCGGCAUGUUUUCAGAUUGAGAUGGCACCCGAAAGUGUGCCGCGUAAUGAGUAUGAGUGCCGGGCCCAAUCCGUCUUGUUCCACACCGGU